AUGGUUUAUGUUCAUUUCUCUCGACCAUCCAACAAUGCUAAACUCAUUGAAGUUCAAUCUAAACUAGGUUUAAAAAAAGGAAAUGUUCUCAGGAUAUGCGAUACAAGAUGGGUAUUCUCGGUCAAAAUACAAAACUGUGCUUUUUUUAUUGGAGUUACUCUAUUGAAAGACAUUCUUGGUAUCAUUAAUAUAAUAAGUGUCACAUUACAAUCUAAAAAUGCCACUUUAGGAAAAGCAAAAAGCAUUAUCAAUGGAAGUAUACAAAGUAUUGAAAAAUUACGUUCUGACAUUGAAUUUUCUACAUUUUGGCAAAAAAUUACAUCUUUAGCUGAAGAGAAUGAUAUAACCCUUGAAGUACCACACAAAGGUUCUCUGAAGAAAGUUUAUCUAUGGCUUGCUCCGUUGAUAAUUUUAUGA